AUGGCGAAAAUAUUUACUUUUCUCGCGAUAGCAGUAGCAAUAUGUAUCCAGUCCUCAAGAGCCGACGAUAAACCAGAGGGCAUGGACGAAUGCCUGAAAAAAACUGGAGCUAUAGCAGACGACGUUUUCGCCAGACCUCGUAAACAGACCAACGAAGUUCGAUGUUUUUGGAAAUGCAUACUAGAAAAACAAGGCAUGAUUGAUGGAUCUGGUGCUGUCAAACCAGAUCUCUUCGAAAAAGCUUUUCCAAAAGCCUCUGCACACUACGAUGAUUCUAAGAUUGCAGAAUUGAAGACCUGCUUCGGUACGAUCGACAAAAUUGCAAGCUGCGACGAUAUGAAUAAGAUACGAGCAUGUUUUACAAAAGCUGAGAAACCGUAA